UGUGGAGGUAGAGAGUGUAUACUAUGACUCCGAUAAUCCACCUAGUUACCAAUUUGAUAUAGAGGAAGAGGAAGCUCAACUACAACCGCAACAACCUAGUAAAGGAAAGGGGAAUUGUAAGCAUCCAUCGUACAAUCCUACUACAGAAUGUCAUGAGUUAGAGUUAGGGAUGCUUUAUCUUGAUGCACGACAGUUUAAGAAUGCAAUGAUUGACUACGCAGUGCAUUUUAAGAGGGAUAUAUGCUAUUAUAAAAAUGAUCCUAUGAGAGUGAUGUAUAAAUGUGCUGGUGUUGAGACAACUAAUGGUAAAGGCUGCCCAUUUCAUUGCACUGCUUCAUGGGAGGAGAGAUAUGAAUGUUUUCAGUUAAAGACUCUUGAGGCAGAACAUAAAUGCAAUCAAAAGUUUAGUUUGCGUUUGGUGAGUCAAAAAUGGAUAGAAGAAAAAUAUGAGGACAAAAUUAGAGAUGAUCCUUGCAUUGGGCAUGUACAGUUGAAAAACCACAUUGAGUCUGAAUUGAAAAUCAAUGUAAGUAUUAGCAAAGUUACAAGAGCAAUUAGGUCAGUGCUAAAAAAAAUUAACGCAAGUUUUGGGGAUCAAUUUAGAAGAAUAAGGGACUAUGCACAAGAGUGUAUGAACUCUAACCCUGGCAGCAAAGUUCUUCUCAAAACCAGUAGGGUUAUACCUGAGAGUCCUUGUGUUUUCCAAAGAAUUUAUGUAUGUUUUGAGGCUUUGAGAAGGGGUUUCUUGGAUGGAUGUAGGAGGAUAAUUGGACUAGAUGGGUGUUUUCUUAAAGGGUUGCUUAAGGGAGAGCUUUUAACUGCAGUGGGAAGAGAUGCAAAUAAUCAGAUGUACCCUAUUGCAUGGGCUGUGGUGGAGAUUGAGAACACAGAUUCUUGGAGAUGGUUUCUCAAGCUGCUUAAAAAUGAUUUGGGAAUCACCAACACAUACCCCUAGACCAUUAUCAGUGACCAGCAGAAGGGUUUAACUACUGUUAUCCAAGAGUUAUUUCCUGAUUCAGAGCAUCGUAAUUGUGCAAGACAUAUUCAUGCAAAUUGGAGUAAGCGCCAUAAAGGAAAGGUUUUAAAGAACCACUUCUGGAUGUGCGCUAAGUCAACAACAGAAGGACAAUUUCAUGAACAACUUAAAGCUUUAGAAAUGAGAGACAAAGAUGCUAAAACUGAUCUAGAACGAUAUCCUCCUAAAUUUUGGUGCAAGGCGUAUUUAAGAACCAUAGUGAAAUGUGACAUUAUAGAUAACAACCUUUGUGAGGCAUUCAAUGGAACAUUGGUGAAGGCAAGAUGCAAGCCAAUUAUUCCUAUGCUUGAAGACAUUCGAGUAGGUUCUAUGAGAAGGAUUGCAAGAAAGAUGAAAUCUAUUGACACUUGGAAAGGUAGAUAUGGACCAUUUAUAAUGAAGAAAGUGACUGCAAAUAAAAAGGAAAGCAUUGGAUGGAAGGUUGAUUUUAAUGGAGAUGAUGGAUAUGAGAUUAAGAAAGGGCGACAUCAGUUCAAAGUCAAGCUUGAAAGUAGGACAUGUUCCUGUAGAGCAUGGGAUUUGAGUGGUAUACCUUGUGCUCAUGCUAUAUGUGUCAUCUUUGACAAGGGGAGGAACAUUGAGGAUUACCUUGACCCAUGCUACUCAAAGGAAGCAUAUCAAAGGACUUAUGCACAUGCCCUUCAGCCUAUUAAUGGAGAACUCUUUUGGCCUAAAACUACUUAUGAGGAAAUAUUGGCUCCGAUCCCCAGGAAAAUGUCAGGUAGGCCAAAGAAGAAAAGAAAUCGUGAAGAAAAUGAAGGUCCACCAACUAGUAGCAAGAAGACUCGACUAAGUAGGAAGGGUUGAGUUAUGCGGUGUUGCAUUUGUAGACAAGAAGGACAUAAUAGACUAAAGUGUCCUUCCGGUGGAG